AUGCCCGAAAAAGAGCUUUAUCCCGAAGAUGACUGGAUCCUUUUCACCGGCAAAACUCCCCAAACCUUCCUAAAACUCUUUAUGGAAGCCAGCACUGGUGAGUCCGUAGUUAUUCCCAAAUCAACUCAAGAGUAUAUGAUCAGUCGAGUCAAGACCUACUACCCGCGCAGUUCGUCUUUCAUACCUCCUUAUGUCCUCCUGCUUAUUCUCACCGAAUGCCGCCAGCUUUGCUUCACUGAAUUAGCACUAGCCACAGAUAAGCAUCUAUAUCUACGCGGAGCCGGCUCCCAGAUCAAAACUCCAGCCAAACACUUCGCACAUGGCUGGUUAACACUGGCUAUAACUGAUCCACUGCGCAGCUACGAAGGAGAGUUACGCCGAAUCUCCAAAGGCCUUUCCUUACAUCUCAAGCAAGACAUCUACACCCGCACAUAUCCUUGGAACACAGUAUUUGGCUACACCUUUACCUCCCACACAACCCGCGUAUAG